CCUUGGCGGCCGGAGGUGAAGCGAUGGCUUCGGCGUUGAGUUGCUUCAGCGGUCCGGAGGUGCUGGAGGACUCGAGUCACGCCCGGAGCCUGGUGAACGAGCUCCGGGCGCUGUACGACUGCCGGCUGCUCGGGGACGUGACCAUCGGAGUGGAGUGUGAGGAGGAGUCCCUGGAGCCCAGGGGCGACAUCGCUCAGCUGUUCCUGUGCAGCCGCAACGUGCUCGCCGCCGCCAGCCCCUACUUCAAGAGCAUGUUCACCGGGGGCCUGAACGAGAGCAUGCGGGACAGGGUGGUCAUCCGCGGGGUGGACUCCGAAUCCAUGUCUGUCAUCAUCGAUUACUGCUACACGGGCAGGGUGACCAUCACGGAAGGGAACGUCCAGAGGCUGUACGCAGCGGCCAACAUGCUGCAGCUGGAGUACAUCAGGAAGGCUUGUUCCAGUUUCAUGACGAGGAGGCUGGACCUCUCCAACUGCGUGGGGAUCCUGAAGUUUGCAGACACCUACGAUAAUCCCGAACUGAAGGAGAACGCGCAAGCUUUCAUAGCCAGGAACUUCAGCCAGGUGUGUAACGGAGACGAGCUGUGUGAGCUGGACCUUGUGCAGCUGAAGGAGCUGCUGUCUCUGGACACUUUGGAUGUGGACUGUGAAAAGAAGGUGUGUUCUGCUGCCCUGCAGUGGAUAGAGGCCAACGCGCCACAGAAGAAGGAGGAUGCACUACAAGCGCUUAAGUGUGUGCGCUGGAACUUGUUUACAGAGAAGGACAAGUGUUAUCUGGAGAGCCUCAUGGCGCGACCUUUAAUUGAGAAGUAUCUGGCAUCAUUUUUUAACAGGUCUCCAGAGGAUGGCUGUGGGAUGCCUGCGACUCUGGAUGUACCGAAGCACAGGAUCGGCGUGAGUGCCAAAGAAAUGAUUCUCUUCUUUGGCCUGCCCAAUGACAACAUCAUGUGCUGCGACCCAUACUCAGAGGAUCUGUACUUCAUGGCUCCUCCUUUAGAAGAUCUCAGUAAUCAGGACUACAAACGCUCCACUAUGGAGUCCUUAAUCGCCUGCGCCACGCCUGAAAACAACCUGUACCUGGCCUCCCACCUCUCUAAACACUUCUGGCUGUACAACCCUGUGCUCAACAGCUGGCAGGAGUUGGCAGAGAGGCCUCUGGGGCGGAUACACUCCGGGAUGGGCUACCUCAAUGGACAUGUGUACCUGUUGGGAGGAAGAAAUCCAGUGACGGAUGCCAGACUGAAGGAGGUGGAGUGUUACAGCGUCCAGAGGAACCAGUGGACGUUUGUGGCCCCUCUACCUCACUCUUUAGGUAAAAUGCAGGUGGUGGCUCUGAAUGACCAUUUAUAUGUAGUGAACAAAAGGAGGAUGCUGUGCUACGAUCCCAAGAGGAACCGCUGGCGCCACUGCGGCUCGCUCAGGAGAGACAAGCUGCACAAGGCCUGUGUGUUUCAAGAGCAGAUCAUCUGUGUGUGCGACAUCCCUGUGGUGAAGGCCUACAGCCCCACCAGGGGUGAGUGGAAGAGGCUGGGGGAUAUCCCCAUCGACAGUCGGGCUCUGAAUUACCAGGUGAUCCAGCACAACGGCAAGCUGCUGCUUCUCACCCAGACGUUACUGCAGCACAACAAAAACCGAGUCCUCAUCCACGAGUACGACCCGGCCAGGGACACGUGGAAGAACGUCAUGGCGGUGUACGUGUCCACUCUGGGGCCCGUGUGCGUUUCCACACGCGUGUACCCGGUGUGUUUGGGCUCCGCUCACAGCUUCUCCACGGAGGAGGACGACGACAGCGGCUCCAGUGCCGACUGGGACUUUGAUGGGCUGACGGAUGCGGAUUCGGACUCCGGCAGCUCAAGCUCUUUCUCUGAUGAGAACUGGUAGUGAAAUACGUUUCUGUGUCAAAGGACAGUGAGCAUUUAAUGGAUUUUUACAGGGUGCUUUUGUCUGCCAGGAGAGGUCACAGAAUCAACAAACUCUCGAAGUAGCCAUCUAUAAUUAAAGCACAAGGGCAGAUAUCUGCUAUUUCACCUUAAUAUUUAGAAAAUAAGAAAAGACAGAUUUGAAUCGGUCUCAGAUCCAGGAGUAACAGCCGCAAGUAUUUUACCAGAUAUUCAGAAAAAAAAAAUCAGCUGACUAGCAUGAGAUGAGAUGACCUUUUUUUUUAUAACCUGGCAGCUGUUACAUGGAAAUCUGAGGAAUUCUAGUUACACAACCAAAAAGAGCCAAAGCAUGUGCUAGUGUUGAUGAAGGUUCUUCAGUGUUCAGCAUAAUGAUGAGGCACGGAUGAAGUAUUAUCAUGCUAUGAAAUCCGAAGAAGUUCUCUAUUAAAGAUGAACAAACGUGGGGGAAAAAACAUUAGAAGCUGCUGCAUCAUGAAAAUCUCCCUCUUGAGUCAGUGUUUACCGAGCAAGGAUCGUGCACUUCCCACAAUCGGUGAUUCCUCCAAUGAGCUCUUAAAGAGUCGAUGCAUGAAAUCAGAAAAACGUCUCUCACUUUCACAGCAGAGACAUUUUGCCACAGGAGAUACUAACCAGAUAAUUAAUUGCCGUGGUUCUUUGCAAUAAAUGCCGGAACUGAGCCAUUAAUAACGUUAUUGAGCCCACCUGUGCUUCUCCUGCUUUGACGAGACACAUUUCUGCUUUGAAUCUCAUUCAGCUUUGUGUCGUUUAUGUGCAGUAAUGUUUGCAAACGGCCGUUCGUGUGUUUUCAUCCGAUGCUUUCUGCUUCAUGAGCGUCCACACAUAAUGCACACACCCCUAACCCAAGCUCAAAGCAACAAAAAAUACUUGUGAACAUGCCCCAGAGAUCAUUCAGGGGUUCCAUUAUCGCUUUAAAGGUUGGUAUUUUUGAUUAUGGAGACAUUGUGUGUGUGAAAUUUAAUAUUAAGCUUGAAUAAAUGGACACACCUGUUUAACACCGGUGUGUAUUUGUGACUGGGGAGGUUCGGGAUGACCGGCAGCUCAAGUGCCUCGUGUUUAUGACUG